AUGGAGAGCUCCACUCAGCAGAUCUCUGAGGAGCACAUCCAAGGUUUCCACUUCUCGGAUGCCCAGGACCAGACGCGGGUGACCCAGCCCGCCAAUCCAGUGCAGGCCCAGCCUGAGGUUGGCAGUAGCUCGAGUCCCUGUGCAGCCGAGGCCAGCGCUGGGCAGGCCAUCAGGAGCCCAGCGACCAAGCCACCCUGGGCGGGGCCUCCAGCUGUCUGCCCCCCGGCUGCCACCCACUGCGGCAUGUGGGGCCGGAGCCAGGAGGGGCUGCAGCCUCUGACGGCCUGCUGGGCCCCUGGAGCCACCUCCGCUGGGGACGAGCGGGCCGUGCCCGAGGGAGAGCCUGCGCCAGGCCCAUCUGCGGAAGCUUCCUGCUCGCAGAGCGCGGCCGGGCAGAGCCAGCCCCGGGGGACUGCGUGGGACGUGCUGGCCUUUCCCCCGCGCAUGAUGGCCGAGCAGCUCACCUGGAUGGACCUGGAGCUAUUCAAGAAGGUGGUUCCCCAGCAGUGCCUGGGCGCCGUGUGGGCCCGGCGGAGAGAGAAGGGGCGCGGUGAGCACACGGCCCCCACGGUCCAGGCCACCGUCACCCAGUUCAACAACAUCGUCAGCUGCGUCAUCACCUCGUGCCUGGGAGUCCAGACCAUGAGCGCCCGGGACAGGGCUCGGCGCGUGGAGCACUGGAUUCAGGUGGCCAAGGGGUGCCAUCAUCUGCGCAGCUUCUCUGCUCUCCACGCCAUCCUCUGUGCCCUGCGGAGCAGCACCCUGCAGAGGCUGCACAAGACCUGGAACCACGUGUGCAGGAACAGGCUGCGGAAGUUCCAAGAACUCUGCAGAACGGAUUACAAACACAGCAGGAUACUCUUCUUCGAGGAGACACAAGGCUGGAUGGUGUCGCUGCUAAAGAAGCCCUAUACCUUAGAGAGGAAAUGUAAGAAGGGAGCAGUGCCCUUCCUGGGCAAGGCGCUCGCGGAGCUACUGAGGCUGCACUACAUGGAGGAUUAUCUGCAGGGUGAUAUUGUCCUGGAGCAGCGGGAGAUAAGGGAAAACCACAUUCUCAAUGAAAUUGUGCUGCUGCAGGGAGACUCGGACGCGUAUGACCUGGAGCCCGUGGACUCUUUCAUGGAGUCAUUCCGGACCAUGGAGAGGCUGAGCGGGGAGGAGAGCUAUGCCCUCUCCUGCCUGCUGGAGCCCAGACCCCUGCCAGGCAGGAGGGCAGCCGCAGACCCGGAGCCCUGGAACACUGCCACCUUCUUCCUGCUAGACAUUUCCUGA